CGACCAAAGAUCUGACCGCUGACAAAGCCUGACCUGACCCAACGCAGCCCAAGAUGGACACCGGUGUCAUUGAAGGUGGAUUAAAUGUCACGCUCACCAUCCGGCUACUCAUGCAUGGAAAGGAGGUCGGCAGCAUCAUCGGGAAGAAAGGGGAAUCCGUGAAGAAGAUGCGCGAGGAGAGUGGUGCUCGCAUUAACAUCUCAGAAGGGAACUGCCCCGAGCGGAUCAUCACCCUUGCUGGCCCCACCAAUGCCAUCUUCAAAGCUUUUGCGAUGAUCAUUGACAAACUGGAAGAGGACAUCAGCAGCUCCAUGACCAACAGCACAGCUGCCAGCCGGCCCCCGGUCACCCUCCGACUCGUGGUACCUGCCAGCCAGUGCGGCUCCCUGAUUGGAAAAGGAGGCUGCAAGAUCAAGGAGAUACGAGAGAGCACAGGGGCACAGGUCCAGGUGGCAGGAGACAUGCUGCCCAACUCGACCGAGCGAGCCAUCACCAUUGCUGGGAUCCCACAGUCCAUCAUUGAGUGCGUCAAACAGAUCUGCGUUGUCAUGCUUGAGUCUCCCCCGAAGGGCGUCACCAUCCCGUACCGACCCAAGCCAUCCAGCUCUCCCGUCAUCUUUGCAGGCGGUCAGGACAGGUACAGCAGCGGCAGUGCGAGCUACCCCCACACCGCCCCAUCCAUGUGCCUCAACUCUGACUUGGAGGGACCACCUCAGGAGGCCACCCGGCAGCCACUGCAUGGCAACGAACUUGGGCCAAUUCCAGCCUGGGCUGCAGUUCUUCCGGCCUAUACCAUUCAAGGACAGUAUGCCAUUCCACAGCCAGAUCUGACCAAGCUGCACCAGUUGGCAAUGCAACAGUCACACUUUCCAAUGUCUCAUGGCAACACUGGAUUCAGUGGCAUUGAAUCCAGCUCUCCAGAGGUGAAAGGCUAUUGGGGUUUGGAUGCUUCUGCUCAAACCACCUCUCAUGAACUCACCAUUCCAAAUGAUUUGAUUGGCUGCAUCAUUGGGCGUCAGGGCGCCAAGAUCAAUGAGAUCCGCCAGAUGUCUGGGGCGCAGAUCAAAAUUGCCAAUCCAGUGGAAGGAUCUACUGACAGGCAGGUUACCAUAACUGGAUCUGCAGCAAGCAUUAGCUUGGCCCAGUAUCUAAUUAAUGUCAG